AUGCAAGAUCCCGCACAACAACCGCGGCGACGCUGGUCAUAUACCUCCAAGGCCACUUGUGGUCUCAUCAAGCCUUCGGCGGAUGCGCCAAUACCCAAGGCAUCAACAUCGUCGCCGACUCGGCCUGUGCAGACGCAGCAGCGCAAUGUCGUGACACCGUCGGACUCAACUCAGCCUCGCGCUCUCCGCAAUCAGCCCAACUCAACGACCAAAAUGCCGAGCACCAUGCCCCAACGCAAGCCUUCUCUGAGGGAACGAUUCUGGACUGUCGGCGCCGCCAACUCCGCCGUCGAAAAGGAUCGCGAGCAAAGGCGAAGAGCAUACGUCCCUCGCCAAGCAGCCUCUGGCUUCGAAAAAACAGCCUCACCACUAAAACGCGAGUCAGAAUAUAUUACUGCGGCGUCAAGCAGAAGACGCAGUCCGGGGGACGAUGAGUAUCAAGCUCUCGUGCGGAAGGAGGAGGCCAGAGACUUGGCAGAGCAGCUCUAUGGCGAGAAGAGACCAGGCAGCAACCCGGCCGGUGUCAGGAGGAGGCCAAGCAAGGUCGUGCGGAUGAUCGCCGAGUAUGUGAAGCCACCGAGGGAGGGUGAUUGA